GGAAAAAACCUCCAGCGAAAAAGAUGGUAUGGACUCCAGAGGAAGAAAAACUUUUUCUGGAGGGCUUAGAGCUAUAUGGUCGGGACUGGGCGAUGAUAGCAAUGCACUGUGGAAAUACACGAGCUAAGCAGAAUAUAUCUAGUCACGCUCAAAAACAUUUCAUCAAGCUGUUUAUAGGUGGGCAUUGUCUUCCGGCUAAAGUCAUCGAAUCAGGGUCAGGAUACACAUUGUCUGGUAAGCCUUUGGACCCCAACUCGGCAGCUUUAAAAGCCUACGGUAACAAUACCGAAUACCGCGUAUCGCUGAAAAAUAGAAAUUCUCUUCCACAAAGUAGUACAACAGAGGAGAGCCCAGCAUCAGCACAGACUACUAUAGCACCCCACCUUGAUACUAUAGUUCCGCAAACAGCUGUUCAGAAUGAGCCACCCUUGAUUACUGCGAAGAAGAAAAUCACAAAAUCGCCGGAGAUUAAACGUCGAAACCCCAAACCUACUGUACCAAGGAAAGAAAAAAGUAUAGCUCCAGUAACAACUGAGCGAUCGGAAUAUAGCACGCGUAGAUUAAGAACUGCCAGGAAGCAGACAUACCGGUUUGUUGAUAACCGUGAAAGGUGA